AUGAGCCCUUCGUGGACACACUUGGUGCGCUUCGUCGCUGAAGAAGACAAUGAGAUACACCUAGGCCAGAUCGACGCCAGCCAGUAUCCUGAUGUGGGACUAGCGACACUGGAAGGCCAAAAGGUCAAAGCCAACGUCGUAGUUGGAGAUGUAUUUGAUGGGCUUGUCACAAAAGAUGUCUUGCACGUCAAACACCUCCUAUCACCCGUCACCGCCGACCAAGUCCCAAUCAUCCGAUGCAUGGGACUCAACUACCGCGACCACGCCAAGGAAGCCAAUAUGCCCAUCCCCGAGGUCCCCGUCCUCUUCAUCAAGCCGAGGACAGCUUUGACUGGCCCGCACCCAUCCACUAUCAACAUCCCCAAGAUUUCUCAGGAUGGGUCGAGCGACUACGAGGCCGAGCUUUCACUGGUCCUUUCAAAGUCUGGCCGUGAUAUUCCAGAGGAAGAGGCUAUGAAUUACGUGCUUGGGUAUACGUGUAGCAACGACGUCAGCGCCCGGAAGCAGCAGUUCAAGAACAGCCAGUGGUCUUUUUCGAAAGGUGAGUUGUGA